UCCACUCUCCCCAGACCCGCAUUCUCUAUAUCCGCUCUCCUCGGACCCCGCGUUCACCGUAUGCUCUCUCCCCGGACCCCCGCGUUCACCGUAUCCGCUCUCCCCGGAUCCCGCGUUCACCGUAUCUGCUCUCCCCGGACCCCGCAUUCACCGUAUUCGCUCUCCCCGGACCCCGCGUUCACCGUAUUCGCUCUCCCCGGACCCCGCGUUCACCGUAUCCGCUCUCCCCGGACCCCGCGUUCACCGUAUCCGCUCUCCCUGGACCCCGCGUUCACCGUAUCCGCUCUCCCCGGACCCCGCGUUCACCGUAUCCGCUCUUCCCGGACCCCGCGUUCACCGUAUCCGCUCUCCCCGGACCCCGCGUUCACCGUAUCCGCUCUCCCCGGACCCCGCGUUCACCGUAUCCGCUCUCCCCGGACCCCGCGUUCACCGUAUCCGCUUUCCCCGGACCUCGCGUUCAAUGUAUCCGCUCUCCCCGGACCCCGCGUUCACUGUAUCCGCUUUCCCCGG